UAUUGAGUUAAUGUGUGCGAAAAUAAAAACAGCUAAAUCGUCCAAAAAUGAAUGUAGGUCAAAUUCUAUGAACCUAUUUGACCAGCCAGUAUUUGUAAACUUGCUGCAUUCAUGUGUUCCACGGAUUUUUACGUUCUACUAUUAAAAGUAGUGUGGUUUUCUUAAUUACCAAAGCACCCACUCCAUUCAGUCACUUUGGUUUUUGAAUCAUUUUUAAAAAACAAUAAUGUUUUAAACCAGACGAAUGCGAUUAAAACCAAAAAGUUGUCUGUAAAAGGUGUCGAUAAAAACUGCGCGCGACGCACAGUGCUUACAUUUCCAACAGUCCCAGAACACACCGUACCUCCGCUGACCUGGACAUCCGCCACCAUCACAACUUUCUUAUUGUCCCUCCCGCAGGAGGUUGGAGCCACCGAUCACUACCUCAAGAAUAUACAGAAAGUCUGAUCUGAUCCUGACACAAGCUAAAAUAAUAUGAAGCUCUCGUUGCUCCGUAGUGCCUAUGGCAGUAUAAGGAUACAUCCAGGAAGCAGAGUCAGCGGUGUGUCGCGAAGAUGCUUGCUGGCCACUGGUGCCAAAUACCGGUUAGUUUUCCGGGAAGCCAGCACCUCCACCAGCGGCGGUCCCAGUCCGAAAAUAGCGGUCAACUCCGGGAUAAAGUUCUGGAAGGAUGAUGAUUUGGACUGUGACACAGUUCUGAAGAAAGCAGUUGAGAGCACCAAUGAGGCCAUGUUGGCUCUGCAGAGGAGAAGUCGCUCUGUCCAACCCAUGUUAGCCAUUAUACAGGCAGGGGAAGAAGACAAGCUAUUGGAGAUCAAUAAGAAAAUGGCAGAAAAGUUUGGUUUGAACAUCACUCAAAUUUGCCUGGCAGAGGACUGCAGCGAGGACGAGGUCAUAGAGGAAGUGUUGAAACUUAAUGAGGACCCCAGGGUGCACGGCAUCUACCUCCACCUUCCCCCGGCUUCACUCACAAGUCGUGUGCUUGACACCCUGAAACCUGAGAAGGACGUAGAUGGCAUAACAGAUCUAAAUUUGGGGCGCCUGGUUCGUGGAGACUUGAGCAGAGGCUUUGUCUCUCCAAUGGUUUCUGCAGAUGCACCUCUGAAAGGUAAGACGGUCUUGUUGGUUGGAGAGGGCGGACCCUUUGACUGUGCUCUGCAGAGUCUGAUAGAGAAAAAUGGAAUGACUGCUGUCAAGAUUGCAUGGUGCUCCAGGAGCCUUCAGAGUCAGGUGAUGCAGGCUGAUGCUGUGGUCUUAUCUGGAGUGGGAAGUAGGAUUGUCCCACCCACCUGGUUUAAGCCAGAUGCUUCUGUUAUUUGCUGCGAGUCCACUCUGGAGCCAGGUGAUGGUGCAAUCGACACUUUCUCUAAGGCUGAAUUGUCGUACCUCACAGCAGUGUACAGAACACAGAAUGUGGUGCACAGCUGCAGUCGGUGGAUCCAGGAGAAGCAGUACCGACCCUGGAGUUUACGCCGCCUGGCACUACAGCCACUCACACCUGUACCAAGAGAUAUAGAAAUCUCCAGAGCUCAGGUGCCCAAACCAGUGAAUCAAUUGGCUGAGGAGAUUGGUUUGCUGCCGGAGGAGCUUGAAGCCUACGGCAGAAACAAAGCCAAGGUCCAACUUUCCGUACUAGACCGCCUUCAAACACAGCCCGAUGGAAAAUAUAUACUGGUUGCAGGAAUAACCCCCACUCCACUUGGUGAAGGAAAAAGCACAGUGACCAUUGGUCUGGUCCAGGCCCUGUCGGCCCAUCUUAGGCUCAACUCCUUCGCCUGUCUCCGACAGCCCUCCCAGGGACCCACCUUUGGGGUUAAAGGGGGAGCUGCAGGAGGGGGAUAUGCCCAGGUCAUUCCCAUGGAGGAGUUUAACCUCCACCUGACCGGUGACAUCCAUGCCAUCACUGCUGCCAACAACCUGGUUGCAGCAGCCAUUGAUGCCAGGAUGUUUCACGAGACGACACAGUCGGACAAGGCGCUGUUUUAUCGACUUGUCCCGACAGUGAAUGGAGUGAGAAAGUUUUCACCCAUUCAGAUCUCCAGGUUACAUCGUCUUGGCAUCAAGAAAACGGAGCCAGCUUCUUUAACACCGGAGGAAGUUAGCGCCUUUGUCCGCCUUGAUCUUGACCCUUCGAAAAUCACCUGGCAGAGAGUUCUUGACACAAACGACCGUUUCUUGAGGAAGAUCACAGUUGGCCAGGCCAGCACCGAGAAGGGACAGAUGAGAGAAACUGGGUUCGACAUUGCAGUGGCCAGUGAGAUCAUGGCCAUCCUGGCUCUGGCAGACAGCCUGGAGGACAUGAAAAACAGACUGGCUCGUAUAGUGGUGGGGACCAGCCGCUCUGGGCAGCCCGUCACCACAGAGGACCUGGGUGUGAGCGGAGCGCUGGCUGUCCUCAUGAAAGACGCCAUCAAACCCACACUGAUGCAGACCCUGGAGGGUACUCCGGUGUUUGUCCAUGCUGGGCCCUUUGCCAACAUCGCCCAUGGCAACUCCUCAGUGCUGGCAGACAAGCUGGCUUUGAAGUUGGUGGGACAGGACGGCUUUGUCGUAACUGAAGCCGGUUUUGGAGCCGACAUCGGGAUGGAGAAAUUCUUCAACAUCAAAUGCCGCGCAUCAGGUUUGCGACCUAACGUGGUGGUACUGGUUGCAACAGUCCGUGCCCUGAAGAUGCACGGAGGAGGUCCAAACGUAUCGGCAGGUUCGCCUCUUCCUAAGGAGUACAUUGAUGAGAAUCUGGGUCUGGUUGCUGGUGGCUGCCACAGUAACCUGAGAAAGCAGAUCCAGAUCACUCAUCUGUUUGGAGUACCAGUAGUGGUGGCACUCAACGUCUUCAAGACAGACACCCAGGCAGAGAUCGACCUCGUGUGUCAGAUUGCAAAAGAGUGCGGAGCGUUUGAUGCCGUGCCAUGUCAUCACUGGUCGCAGGGCGGUCUGGGGUCAGUGGAGCUGGCCCAGGCUGUGGAGGAAGCUGCCAGGACACCCAGCAACUUCCAGUUCCUGUACGACACAGAGAUGCCUAUUACAGAGAAGAUUAGAACCAUUGCACAACGGGUGUACGGAGCAGACGACAUUGAGCUGUCUGCAGAAGCUCAAGCCAAGGUGGAUUACUACGACCAGCAGGGCUACAGCUCACUGCCCAUUUGCAUGGCCAAGACCCAUCUCUCCUUGUCCCACAUGCCUGACAAGAAGGGGGCGCCCACAGGCUUCAUUCUGCCAAUCAGAGACGUACGUGCCAGUGUCGGCGCAGGCUUCAUCUACCCACUUGUGGGAACGAUGAGCACCAUGCCUGGUCUGCCAACUCGACCUUGCUUCUACGACAUUGACCUGGACCCCAUCACAGAGGAGAUCACCGGGCUCUUCUGAGCACGCGUCAAGCAUUGCUGCGAUAGCAGAUGGUAGCGACUUGGCCGCGUUUCUUCGUGUCUUUCUGAUGGAGCCGGCGUUGUGCCUUCAUUAAUAUUUUACAAGCGGCCAUUGUCUUUUAUAACUUGUUACAUGAGACGUAUUUCCUCCCUGGAGUUUACUUCAGUUUAUUACACUCACUCUGUGCCAAAGUCUCCAGUCAAUGAGGCUGCGCUCCCUGACUCUCACACACUCUCAUCUAUCAACCGCCUGAUGGCCCAAGCUCAGCUGUGUUUGUGCAGUCCUGUAAUAGAACAUGUACAUUAUGGGAUGUGCAGGACAAGAAUGUACAGCGUGUUUCCUACUUUACAGUCUUCUUUAAAGAUUAAAAAUAUUCAUCAAAAAAUAAACCAGUUCAUUAAAUGCCAAAGAAGAAUUAGCAGAGCCAUGAGUCUAAGAACAGUUAGUGUUUCAUAUGAUUAAUUUAAUACACUGUGUUAACAUUUCUUCUUUUGAAGAAAAAAAAUAUCAGUACAAGGAUGCUGCAGUUUUAUAACCGUAACAUUUUAACUGAAAAUGCUAAUUUACGCACAAUAUCAUUACUAUAUUAUUAUUAUUAACAUGCAUUUAUAUCUGUUUUUUUUUAUUUUCUUGACCAGUCCAAGCUGCUGAACUGCCCAUGAAAAACACUAGUUGCGCUCUUAAUACUUGAAGAUGCAGUGUCAAAGAUUAUUAUCAUGUGAUAAAAUGUGUACGUGUCCACUGUGGAUAUGUCUUGUUUCACUGUGUUUUAUCAUAUUAGUCAAAGUGUUUUCCUUUUCAACAGACACAAUGCGUCUUAACUCUACAUUGUUUUGUUUUUAAAAUGUUGCUUUGACAAAUGCCACCCAUUGUUUUGACUGUCAGUAACUGUCCUAUUGCUUCAUUUGUGUGUGAUGUAAGAACAUGUCAGGUCACCAAGUAUUCAUAUAAAGUAUUCCUUUGGAUUACAGUUGCCUUAAAAGACCAACAGUUCUUCCAAAUAAACCUUUUAUUUACUU